AUGUUUCCACUGUUAUCAGUCUUACAGCUAAUAAAACUACCGCAUGGCGGCAAUCCAGAUCCAUAUACAGCAGAUGAUCAGAAUGCCAUCAAGAUUACUGCUGCAAUACUUGGAAUAUCAUGUGGCUUGAUUGCAAUUGUGAUGAGUAUUUUCAUGUAUCAACACUAUCUGCGACGCCAAUACCUAACACUAUCUGAAAAUCAGUCAAUCCAUAAAAGACCAGCAUCCUUGGUUGCACAGUUGAUCACAGCUGAAGCGCAACGAGAAGAACAAACUGCCGAUAUUGAAGCUAACUCUGAAGGUCCACCUAGUCCGGUCAUGCAACAAGGAUUACUGCAAAAGGAGCUGGUCAAGAACUAUGGGUCUUAUUCGCAACCUCAUACCACUACGUUUCUUAAGCCACCACCUCAUCACUCAUGA